CGCCUGCCCGUCCUCGUAAAUUCGGGAACCGAUUAGGGAGCUUGAGCUCGCUCGCCCGCACUUGGCCCCCGGCUUCCGGAUUAUCUCGAGAGUCUCGCUUUUUCUAUUCUUUCUUCUCUUCUUCUUCUUCUUCUUGCUCCGACAGUGAAUCUUUUUUUCUCUUUGUUUUUCUUUUUUCCUGUGUCGUCGUGACGUGAAAAUGCGUUAAGACACGGCGGAAGUAUAUCUAUGGAGGAGAUACACGAAGGCGGCAUGUCUUCCGCAACGCUCUCGUCCAUUUUGCUUCUUCUGCUUUUCGCUCGCGCCGCGAAUGCCCAGAGAAGUUUAGAAUUUUUUGAUCUUCUACCGGAAGAUCCAAAGUUUUAUGAUAAAAUGCGACCUCCAAAGAAAGACGGCCAGGCAACGGUCGUGUAUUUUCACGUUACUGUGAUGGGACUCGAUUCCAUCGAUGAGAAUUCAAUGACAUACGCCGCCGAUAUUUUCUUUGCCCAAACGUGGAAGGACAAUAGACUCCGUUUACCGGAAAAUAUGACAUCCGAAUAUAGAUUAUUAGAAGUCGAUUGGUUGAAAAACAUGUGGCGGCCGGAUUCGUUCUUCAAGAAUGCGAAGUCGGUAACUUUUCAAACCAUGACGAUACCGAAUCACUAUCUGUGGUUGUACAAGGACAAAACUAUUCUCUACAUGGUGAAGCUGACUCUGAAACUCUCUUGCGCCAUGAACUUCUUAAUCUAUCCACACGAUACGCAGGAAUGCAAAUUGCAAAUGGAGAGUCUAUCGCAUACUACGGAUGAGAUGAUCUUCCAGUGGGACCCUGAUGUUCCUCUCGUCGUGGACGAGAAUAUCGAACUGCCGCAAUUACAACUUGUUAAAAAUUACACGGCUGACUGCACGCAAGUUUAUUCCACUGGCAACUUCACCUGUCUCGAGGUGGUAUUCGUACUGAAGCGACGUCUCGGUUAUUACCUGUUUCACACUUACGUUCCAACGUGCUUGAUCGUCAUCAUGUCCUGGGUAUCGUUCUGGAUAAAACCUGAAGCCGCGCCCGCCAGAGUCACGCUAGGAGUCACCUCGCUGCUCACUCUGUCCACGCAGCAUGCCAAGAGCCAGGCCUCCUUACCGCCCGUCUCGUAUUUGAAGGCCGUCGACGCUUUCAUGUCGGUCUGCACGAUAUUCGUGUUUAUGGCGUUGAUGGAGUAUUGUCUCGUGAACAUUGUCCUCGGCGACUCGGAUGCGCCCGCGAAGCCUGCGCCUCCACCACCGCCGCCCUCUUCGAGCAUCGCGGACUCGGCUAAGCUCGACAAGAUCUUUGAUAUUGCUGCCAAGAAAUCACCGGCUGGCCCACCACCCGGACCCACCCCGGCGCAAAGAGCGCGAAUACGUGCUCUUAAUAUCGACCGUGUCUCGCGAGUUUUCUUCCCCUUUCUGUUUGCUGUACUGAACGUCACCUACUGGAUAAUGUUCGCCGAGUACAUUUAAACAGUGAUACCUGGAAUACUCGUGGAAAAUUGCACGAUCGUUUUUCGUCGCAGUACUUGAAGAAACGAAGAAUAUGCACAAGAGGAAGAGCUAUAGUCAGCGAUAGUGCCGAGGAUGAAAUAUGCCGACGACUCGCAAAAAGCGGAAUAAUAUUUGAAAUGCGUCUGAGAAGACUAAGGGCAAUAAGAUUCUUCUGGAAAAUUUAUUAUUUAUUAAUUAUCGAUGUGUGAUAAAUACUUCGAUUCGCAAAUGAAGGUGGCGAAAUGUUCCACGAUAAAGACGCCUCAAUUUUGACGAUAACUGAGGAUCGAAGACAUAACCAGCGCAAAUAAUAAAAAUAAAUUCUAGUGACAGCAGCGAUGGAUAAUAAGAAUCUCUUAAGGUUCAGAAAUGUUCUUCAGAACUCAUUCAAAUUGUUUUCUAAGGUAAUUUUAUUAUAAUAUAUUGCUUUAUUACGGUAUAUUUAUGAGAUUGUUUUUCCACUUUCUCAUAUUUUUAUCAAAUAAUACAUUUGUUGUAUAACAUAUAUAUAACUAGACUUUCUUUUUCUUAUGAGCUUUAAAUAUCUCAUACCAAUUAGCUAUUUAUAUUUCAAUUAAAUAUCUCAAUUGAAAUAAUAAUAUAUAGCUCAUUAUGCGUGUGAAUUUUGCUUUCUGAAUAUGUCCCCAUUUAUAAAUGAACUUUUAGACUUUCUCGUAAAUAGAGACGCGAUCAACGACUUAUGCUAAGGCUUCAUAUCAAUUGUAACGAAUUUAGAAAACGGCAUCCGCAAGUUUGAAAACACUUUCGUAGAGCGCAGUUUUCGCAACUGUUAAUUCACACUUAUUUAGCUUCAUGCACCGCUUCGCUCAUUACGAGAACUCGUAUCUUGUUGCGAGGGCCUAAUAGAAAAACACUCAGACAUUAAUACUGAUUCAGUCUAUCACAACGUCGCGAUGUGUCUACUGUACAAAGUAAAUCUUGAUUCUUGGUUUGUGUGUGUAAGUCUUAUUGAAGAGAAAGAAGGCAAUCUAAUGCAACUAAUCGAACUUUGCAUUGUCGAAACUUAUUGUAAGUAAUAAUGAAUGUUUCGCUUACAUCUAUAUUGUACUAUUUUACUGUUGCAAAUGAAUAUAAUAAAAAGUAACUAUGUUUCAUCU